AUGGACGCUGAAGAUCUUGAAACUUAUAAGCAAGAUAUAAACGCACUAAAUGAAGAAAUCCAACUUUUAGAACGAGAAAAAGAGAGAUUAACAAAGGAGUUGGAAAAAGAGAAAGAAAAACUUGGAUCCAUUAAUAAAGUUACGAGUAAAAUAACAAAUGAUCAUACAGAUACAGUUACAAAAUGCGAAAACACAUUGUACAAUAACCUCCCUGAACUAUAUAAGAUACUGAAACCUCCCAAUGACACUAGUAACACUUUCUAUACUCAUACUGAUCACAAUAUUAACACUAACAAUGACUCCUUAUUAGGCAUCUCUACAGAAAAAAACUUGCAACAUGAUCUACUCAUAUCCAACUAUCCACGAAAUGAAUCUUUUGAUGCAAAAAACCAGCAUUUUCCACACACAGCUACCAUCUAUGAAAACAAUACAGCAACUAGAGAUGAAAAAGAAACAAAUAAUACCAAGGAACUCCAAGAACUUAUUAAUCUGGAAAAAUGUUACAGGCUAAUGUUUGGUAUUACUUUGUUUCCAUUAAUUGACCCAGAUAACUUAUUAUCAAUGAAAAACAGAAAUAAAACAAUAGAUCAAUUAAAAGAUGUUACAGACACAAGCUCACUAUUGCUGGUUGGUUUGAGGCUAGAUGUGUUUAACGACUAUACACAAAAUUUCGAAGCACCAUACUAUUUGAUCUUCAAAAAAAGUUUUAAAGAUAACAAGCAUUGGGUGAUUUUCAAACACACUAUACCUACAUGUGUUGUGGGAGAUGAUGAAAAUAUGGAAAUUUUGAAAAAUGAAAACAUCGGGCCAUUACUUUCCUUUGACGACAUUUAUUUGUUUGGCAAACUAAUUUAUCAAGAUGUAUAUUAUUGGGUACAAAGGAAAACCUUUAUUUUACAGUAUUGUCAAACUUAUAAUGGCAACAAAUUGACUGAAUUAGCAUAUGAUGAUAAAGGCUUCACAUUUUUAAAAUUCAAAUACUCAAACCAUGACUACAAAUUUGAGAUUAAUGAAAGAAAUAUCAUAACUAAAAUCAACAACGAAGAUGUGACUAAUCAAAAGAAAGGUAUCAUAGACUGUCUAACUUAUGAAAUUACAUAA